CGACAGUCACAAUUCGUGUUAGCCUGUCAUGGAUUUCCUUAUCCAUCUACUCGGGCUUCUUGAACGUCGCCGCCAUCAUAAUCUAACCUUUCAAGGUACUCUUUCUAGAAACUCGACAAAUACUGCAUGUAACCUUGGCCUGGCGGAUGGCAACGUACAGAGAAAUAUGCAUUUUCGAGAACAAAGAGUGUUGGCAUCAUGGCAUCUUCUAGAAGGCGACAUCAGAGAGGGAGCCACGCGGCCACAAUUCAACGAUUUACCUUCUGCGCAAAUCUCUCUGCUGCUGACCUGCUCCUCGCCGCGACCUUUGCCUUGCGCUGCCGUGCAAGCCAACAAGUUGGGAGUCGCACCUCCAAACCCACGAUCGCACCAACGCAUCCCCACGCGACCAACCACGAAGAUUAUAUAUUUGGCUUCCAUGUCCAAAUAUUCCUGUCAACCACACUAGCGACGUUUCGUGCGGGAUUCGUCCACAACGUGACUGCAUGCGGUGGUGUUUUUGAUCGGGCUAUUUCAACUCAAUGAAUAUACUCUCUUCCUUUCCUCGUCACGUCCAAGAAAACACACGCACUUGUUAAAGCACUGUAGGGAUCGUCCUCAUCUCUCC